UCACUCACGAACGGUCUAGUUAGACGCUUUGCCACUAGAAUGCACAAGUUCCUUGUAGCUUUCGUGUGUUUUGCAGGGAUUUUAGCAGUCUGCAGUGGGACGGUGGAACAUCCAAGGAUUGGCAGAUUGGGGAAAUUUUGGCAACGAUGCCAAAACCACACUGAAUCCGACGGGGUCUUCAUGGGUAUUUACCGAUCAGUAAGAAUGGGUGAUUCUUGCGUGGGAAGGUUGAAAUUUGAAGAGUUGUGGGACGACUUGCAGUUAAUAACCAACGAGACGCGGAAAGCAUUAUUCGAAGAAUACUGUCCGCAGCUGCGAGUGUUUAACAUCUGCAUGAACACAAUAGUGGAUAGCUUAAUACCUUGCUUUGACGACAUCGAGAACAACAUCACUCGAGAGUUCGUAAGCGUACUGCCGGAUGCGGUGCAGCUUUUUUGCAAGGAUGAUGGUGAAAUACUCUCCGGAGGGGGUGAGAUCGCCAAGCGACUGGAGUGCGUGCGGGAGCGGGAAGCCAAGGAGAGGAAUUGCUUCUCAAUCCUUGAACAGUUCAAACCUAUUGACACCUUCGUACUGACCCAGGAACAGUGCAGCAUAUUCACUAACUUCCGACAGUGCUUCAAGGAGCAUGUGGACGCAUGCGAAAUAUCUGCCGUAAUGAGCUUAUACGAUUUGUUUUAUAAUGCUGCAUUCCGUUCCGGAGCCUGUCGAAAUGCAUAAGCGAAUCUAGCGCCCAGGAUGGCGGCUGCGGAGUAUAAUGACGAGAAAGGACAAUAAAUCCAAUUCUAUGUUUCAUCUAAUUUGAUGGACCACAAUAAAAUAAGCUUGUAUCAGAA